CGUCAACCCAAGCAAGUACAGCGCCGUAGUGGGCUACGACCUGUGUACCGGGUGGGGUUCCCCCAAAGGCCAGGCCCUGGUUGAUGCGCUGGCGAGGAGCCACCAGACGAUGCUGCAGGCGGGGAGCAGCGCGUCGUGGAUGGCACCGGGGGCCCAGGGGCGGUUGGAGCUGUUUGCACACGGUAGCGACGGCGCGUUGUGGCAUGUCUGGCAGCAAGCCGUCAACGGUGGGUGGUCUGGUUGGUACAGCCACGGCAGCCCCUCGGGGGUUGUGCUCGGCGGGUCGCCGAUUGUCGGGCGGAACGUGGACGGUCGUCUGCAGGUAUUCGUCCGCGGCAAUGAGGGCAACUUGUGGUCAGUGCCCCAAUCGAGUCCGGGAGGCGGCUGGGGCGGCUGGAUAUCCCUCGGCCAUCCACAAGCCGUGGGCAUAACCGACUCGGCAUCGGUGGCAGCCAACGCGGAUGGGCGGCUCGAAAUCUUUGCCCAAGGCGUCGACCAGAAUCUCUACCAUAUCUGGCAGACGACUCCCGGGGGCUCUUGGUCGGGCUGGGAUUUGCGCGGCUCGCCGUCGGGCGGCAUCGAGGGUGUCUUGAGCAUCGCCACCAGCCAGGAUGGACGGAUGGAGGUCUUCGCUGUGGGUAAUGACGGUGCGCUGUGGCACAUCUGGCAGCUUUCCGUGAACGGGGGCUGGUCCAAUUGGUUCAACCACGGCACUCCGUCCGGGGAGACGUUUGCGGGCUCGGGGAUCCCGCCCAUGACGGCAGCGCAGUCCGAUGGCCGGAUCCAGCUCUUCAUCCCGUCGGCCAGUGGGAAAAUGUGGCGCAUCUCGCAGACGACCAUCAACGGCGGGUGGACUAGCUUCGUGUCGCACGGUAAUCCCGGGUCACCGAGCAAGCUGUUUACGGACCCAGGGGCCAUUAUUGCGCAGGCCGACGGGACGCUGAUCUUCACCAUGCCCGCCCAAGGCGGCAUCUACCAGAUCUCGCAGACCAAGCCAAGCGGCGACUGGUCGAGUUGGUCGCUCCAGGUGCCCUCGGGAAGCGGGCCAGAGCCCACAGAUGGCUCGGUCGCGCUGGCCCAGAACGCCGACGGACGGCUCGAGCUGGCCAUGUUGGGCUCCGACAGGGCCAUUUGGCACGUUUGGCAGCCGCAGAGGAACAGUCCGUGGUCCCAGCCCGCCACAUUUGGGAAACCGGCCAAUGUGCAGUUUCAGGCAAAUCGGUGAACGCGUGAAUGGCUUGUUGCUGAAUGGAGCGGCCACUUCCCUCUCCCUUAAAAGAGUCUAAGCGGAUUGGUUGCGGAGCGUGUUGCGGCCCUUGUGUGGAUGGGACGGAGUGCCGUUGCAUCGACAGAUCUUCGAGAUGUGUCUAGGUUCUCAAUUUUCGCUUCCGACAAUGGGUUUCUCUCUUUCCGUGUUCUAAUUAAUUACCGGCUGCUUGGUGUUGCCCCGUGGGUCUAGGCUAGUGUUGAGCGAGCAGGUCCUUUCAGGAAAUCCGGCCUCUGGAGAUUGUUGCAUGUGAUCGAAGUUGACAGCGCAUUGAAUUGUCUGGCCGAAUACGUCCAAAAGUUCACAAAAGAACG